AAAAGAAGGGGACAAAAGGAAACUGAAAUUACGAGGAGUUUCCAGUCUGCUUCUGGUGGCUGAUCCAGAAGGAUGCCUCAGUUGCUGCUUCUCACCUGCCUCUUCAUCACGGUUACACCUGCAGCACCAAUGGCCCUAGAUCCUUGUUCUGCUUACAUCAGUCUGAAUGAGCCCUGGAGGAACACUGACCACCAGUUCGAAGAGUCUCAAGGCCCACCUCUGUGUGACAACCACGUGGACGGGGAGUGGUACCGCUUCACAAGCAUGGCGGGAGAUGCCAUGCCCACCUUUUGCAUACCAGAAAACCGCUGUGGGACCCAUGCGCCUGUCUGGCUCAAUGGCAGCCACCCUCUAGAGGAUGAGGGCAUCGUGCAGCGCCAGGCCUGUGCAAGCUUCAGAGGGAACUGCUGCCUCUGGAACACCACCGUGGAGGUCAAGGCUUGCCCUAGGGGCUACUAUGUGUAUCGCCUGACCAAGCCUAGUGUCUGCUUUCAUGUCUACUGUGGUCAUUUUUAUGACAUCUGCGAUGAGGACUGCCACGGCAGCUGCUUGGGCGCCAGCGAGUGCACGUGUGCUCCAGGCACCGUGCUGGGCCCCGACCGGCAGACCUGCUUCGACGUGAACGAAUGUGAACAAAACAAUGGCGGCUGUAGUGAGAUCUGUGUAAACCUCAAAAACUCAUUUCGCUGUGAGUGCGGGGUUGGCCGUGUGUUAAGAAGUGAUGGCAGGACUUGUGAAGGUGAGAAUGACAUUGAAGGGUGCCACAACAACAAUGGCGGCUGCAGCCAUUCUUGCCUGGUGUCUGAGAGGGGCUAUCAGUGUGAAUGCCCCCGGGGCCUGGUGCUAUCUGAGGAUAACCACACCUGCCAAGUCCCCGUGUCGUGCAAGUCCAGCACCGUUGAAGUGAGCAUCCCCAGGGACCUGGUCGGUGGGCUGGAGCUCUUCCUGACCAACACCUCCUGCCGAGGCGUGUCCAAUGGCACCCACGUCAACAUGGUCUUCUCCCUCAAGACAUGCGGCACAGUGGUCGAUGUGGUGAAUGACAAGAUCGUGGCUAGCAACCUCGUGACAGGUCUACCCAAGCAGACACCAGGAAGCAGUGGAGACAUCAUCAUCCGAACCAGCAAGCUACUGAUCCCGGUGACCUGCGAGUUUCCACGCCUGUACACCAUCUCUGAGGGAUAUGUGCCCAACCUCCGAAACGCCCCCCUGGAAAUCAUGGGCCGCAGUCAUGGAAUCUUCCCAUUCACUCUGGAGAUCUUCAAGGACAAUGAGUUUGAAGAGCCUUACCGGGAAGCUCUGCCCACCCUCAAGCUUCGAGACUCCCUCUACUUUGGAAUUGAGCCUUUGGUGCAUGUGAACGGCUUAGAAAGCCUGGUGGAGAGCUGUUUUGCCACCCCCACUUCCAAGAUCGACGAGAUCCUGAAGUACUACCUCAUCCAGGAUGGCUGUGUUUCAGAUGACUCAGUAAAGCAGUACACGUCACGGGACCACCUCACAAAGCACUUCCAGGUUCCUGUCUUCAAGUUUGUGGGCAAAGACCACAAGGAAGUGUUUCUGCACUGCCGGGUCCUUGUCUGUGGAAUGCUGGAGGAACGGUCACGCUGUGCCCAGGGCUGCCACCGGCGAGUGCGUCGCGAGGCAGAAGGAGGGAGCACAGCUACUAUGCAGAGCCAGAUGCUGACAGGCGGCCCGAUCACCAUCGACUGGGAGGACUAGGACCCGAACACCCAAGACCUGACUUCGGGCUGCCCACCUGUUUGGACCUUCUCCCCAUUCCCCCUGAGAACACCUGUCUACACGCUAGAACAUUGGCAUUCUUCAAACCUCACGCUGUGGGUCUAGAUGCCCCUGGACUCCACUCAUUCGGAUUCCCGCCCACUGGGCCACGAGAGGGCAGCUUGCUGCCGACCCCCACCCUCCCGACCCCGUUAGGGCUUCAUCCUCCCAAGGCUGAAAGCUCUGCUGUCCACACAGAAGGCAGUUCACCCAAUUCCCUCCGUGUCUUUUCUACAAUAAAACACCUUGCAUAGGAUGCAGUAGUACCACUAAAAUCAAAAGUUGGGUAUAAUAUUUCAAAUUAAGAACUUAAAAAAGUAAACAGUUGCUUGAAACUAUGACUUAAAUAUCCAUUGACUUCUCAAAUAUGUAAAUAAUAUACCCUGAAAUUUCAAUUCAAAUACAGAACAGUUAUAGGGGAUUUGGAAAUUCAUCAGUGUAAGUGUGUACUAAAAAUACUGUUUAGAUUUUCUCUUUCACAAUAUUUUCUUCUGAUGUUUUUAUAUUGUCUUAAGUGAAAUGUCUUCAAUGAAUAAAUGUUAAAUUCAUUAACAUGCAUUUCUGUGGUU